CACCGACGACUUCACACCUGCCCACGCCCACAAAUCGCGGCAAGCAGUGCAGUCGAACGGAUCGAUCGAGACCAGAGCGAGCAAGCAGUUGGGAUUCCUGUUUUAACUUUCAAUCGGCUCACGUUGAUCGGCUGGCAAAAUGACCGACCUGGAGGCUCCCAAGAACGGCAAGCACCUGGAGCAGGUGCACCAUAACAACAAUGAAAUCACGGAGAGUGAGCCACUCACCUGGCGCUUCUGGCGCAAACAGCGCUACAUUGUGGUUCUAUUGGCCUUCUUCGGGUUCUUCAACGUCUACUCAUUGCGGGUGAACCUUUCGGUGGCCAUUGUGGCCAUGACCGAGAACCGCACGGUAAUAGAUGGCGAUGGGAACGUGUCCUACGAGCAGGACUUCCCCUGGGACUCCAAGCAGAAGGGCCUCAUCCUGAGCUCCUUCUUCUACGGCUACAUCCUUACUCAGUUCCUGGGCGGCUACAUUGGCACCAAGAUCGGUGGCAACAUUGUUUUCGGCACUGGAAUCGGCAGCACUGCCAUUCUGACCCUGCUGACUCCGCUGGCCGCCAAGCACAGUUUGGAGAUGUUUCUGGCCAUUCGAAUCAUCGAGGGCUUCUUCGAGGGAGUCACCUUCCCCGGAAUCCAUGCGGUUUGGGCCCGCUGGUCGCCUCCAUUGGAAAGAUCGCGAAUGGCCUCGAUUGCCUUUGCGGGAAAUUAUGCGGGAACCGUGGUGGCGAUGCCGUGCUCCGGUUUCCUGGCCACCAAAUACGGCUGGGAGAGCGUAUUCUACGUGUUUGGAACUAUCGGUGUGAUUUGGUACAUCACCUGGCUCGUCUUUGUUAAAGCCGGACCCGAAUUGGAUCGCUUCUGCUCGAAGGAAGAGUGCGAUUACAUUCAAAAGACCAUUGGGUAUGUGGGCACCAAGCACAUCAAGCACCCCUGGAAGUCCAUCUUCACAUCGAUGGCCUUCUACGCCAUCAUGGCCUCUCACUUUUCGGAGAACUGGGGCUUCUACACUCUGCUCACCCAGCUACCAAGUUUCCUCAGAGACACUCUCGACUUCGACCUGGGCAAAACGGGCAUCCUGUCGGCCGUUCCCUAUUUGGCCAUGGGCAUCCUGCUGGCCGUGUCCGGCUACUUGGCUGAUUGGCUGCAGGUGAAGGGCAUUUGGACGACCACUCAGGUGCGGCGCAACUUCAACUGCGGAGCGUUUUUGGCCCAGACGGUGUUCAUGAUGCUGACGGCCUACCUGCUGGAUCCCACGUGGUCGGUGGUGAGUCUGACCAUUGCCGUGGGCCUGGGAGCCUUCGCCUGGUCAGGAUUUGCGGUUAAUCACCUGGACAUUGCGCCCCAGCACGCCAGUGUGUUGAUGGGAAUUGGCAACACAUUCGCCACCAUUCCGGGCAUCGUGAGUCCUCUGCUCACCGGUUAUGUGGUCACCAACCAAACGAGUGAUGAGUGGCGCAUCGUGUUCUUCAUUUCGGCGGGCAUUUACCUGAUCGGCUGCGUAAUCUACUGGUUCUACUGCUCCGGCGAACUGCAGGAGUGGGCCAAAACCCCAGAGCAGAAGGCCCAGGAAGCCGAGGAGAAGGCCCAACUGCAGUUGACCCAAACCGCCGGGUUUGUCAACACAGCCGCCGAAUUGAAGGACUAACUUCUUCAGUUUGGCGUCAUCACAUCAUGAAUUUGUGCUUUAGUAUUUGUCGUUGUUACGUUUUUGUGAUGUUAGCGAUAUGCGCACCAUUGUGUCUCUAUUUAUGUAUGUUAAUCCAUUUAGUCUUUCUGAACACUCGCCACGAGUGUGUUUGCGAAUAAACAAGGCAUUUUAUUACAAGUA